AUGGAAUACAAGAUUGAUGCCGAGGUAGAUGAGAUCGAGCCGCCACCAGCCGCUGUAAUCACAGAAUUUGAAGAGCAAUGGACAAAUGGAAAGGUAGAAGGAUGGGAUAAUGAGGGUCAAGAAAAUGGUAAUAUUCCAGCAGAGCAUUCUGCUAUUGAUCUUGAUUAUUAUACUACUGUUGAAGAACUGAUGGAGGUAGGACCUGAGAGGCUAAAAGAGUACAAAGCAUUAAUAAUGAAAAUGCGGUACCCUUCAACAGCGUGCAGAGAGGCUUUUUCUUACAAAGCUGAACCUUACUCCAUUGUCUAG